AUGGCUUACGCAGUUCGUAAACCAACACGGCCAGAUGCAGAUGUCGACAUGGGUCGGUUGAGGUUGUCUCUCAAGCAAGAUCGUCAAAUAAUAGUCAAGGAAAGGAGGACUAGCUGGAGCCCGGAUGAUUAUACAGGCAUGUAUGCCUCUUUUGAUGAUGAAAUUGGGUUACAUUUGCAACAGCAACCAUUGGCAAGCCCUUUCCAGUUACUCCCAACAGCGGGUCUGGGAAACGCCAUAAUGCCGAUGGCCAAGGCUGGAUAUUCGGUGGUUGAAUUACUAACAAGGGAGCUUCACCUCCAUCGUUACACAGGAAUGCAAAAUGAUGUCGGAAUCAUGGACCCUCUCCGGGGGUGGGUGGGUACGAGGUCGACCUGGGAAUCUGGGAUCAUGCUCGUGGGCUCCAAGGAUCAAGGGAUUUCCGAUGAUGAUCACCUGCUCGAAAGCCUACCGACUGGAUAUCUGCCGCCAGUUUCCUCGAGUUCGCAUUCGCCCAAUAUCACCGAGGUAUCCCUGUCAAGCAAACAACUCAUCGUACAGAAGAAGACUACAAAUACUUCGCAAUAUUACGCUCGUAAUAGUUUUCAUAACCGCCGAUACCUUGUUGGGAGCUGGGAAGCCUCAUUGGCAAGCCCGCAACACUCAUUCGAUCUGGCUGUACAAGGCAUCCUUAGUCGCCCGUUGCGCGAGACUCCGAGUCUCGAUUCUUUCGCCCAAGGAGAGGCGUUAACAUCACGCCUUUCCGGAAUCCAGUCGCCAGAAUCCCUUGAAAGACGCCUUGCUGAGUUUGUAACCAAGCUUCAGAGCUAUCAGCAGCAGAGUUGGGAAGGGGCUGGAAAACGUCAAUGUCCCGGUCCUCGGGACCAUCAAGGGUUAGGGGAUCAGGACUCGAUGUCGCAGCGGCCUCCUGCGUCUCGUCCUGCAUCUCGCUCACCUCCAGAUGGUCAAAAGAUAGCUCUUCCACCCGUUCAGCUUCGAGAUGAACCACAGCAAGGUGGGCGACAGGUAGGAAGACAGCAGGCGGACCAGUCUGAGGACCGAGGGUAUUCGCAAAUAUUCCCAUCUCCACGAUCUACUCGGACAUCACUAGGCGAGGAGUGGAGAUCAGGACCAUCUAGGGAUUUUGGAGUUUAUUCGAUACUUAACCCGACGGAGCCAGAAAGCACUCCCUCAUCAAGUCGGCGUGUCAGUGUUGUCAAUGCAGAAUCCCCCCUCUCAGCAGUUGGGCCAGCAUCGCACUUCGGUGCGAGCCCAAUAGCAGGUACGCCACAUACGUUUCAGGGUCAUGAAACCCUAUCUGGUACACCGCCGACUCAAGAAGGUCAUCAUGCGACAUCUCCCCAGAAUCGUGGGACCCCGGCUCCCCGCCGUAUCUUGACUCCAAGAUCACUCGCUACCAGGAUGGGGAGAGCGGCUCAGCCUCCAGGAACUAUCGAUACUCAGCGGUCGCCUUUCCUUACUCACAGAGGUCGAACUUACACCGGCGAAUCAGGCCAAGCUGCAUCAUCGGGAAGAGCGCCGAUGCCAACGCCACCAGAGCGAUCCCAACCACAGUUCGGGCUCCCAGAGCCAACGCAGACCCUUGAUCGAAGAACCAGAAGCAUGCCUACGAUGCAAGCAGCAGAACGAGCUCCGCUCUCCCAAAGCGCCAGUCCCAUCAUUUCGACCUCCGCCAACACGCCUUCCAGUCAACCCUCAAUGAGCUCCUUUCACUACCAAGGCGGACCACCACCUCCAACCAGCACGUCGUAUUACCCGGGAUCUUCGUUUGGUGCUCAGACAGCGCAGCAGGCAGGAGGCGGGUUACAAUACCAAGCGCCAUCAGCUUCGGCCACAGAAGGUCCGUACUCCCGUGCUCCUCCCAGUGUGUCGACGGGUAGCACAGGUGGCAGUGCCAGUGCCAGCAGUAGUCGGCAGACGCCUGGCUCCGAUCCCAUCCAAGUUCUAACCAUAACCACGUCCGAAGGCAGUUAUCAUGUGCCUGUGGACGUGCACCAAGCGUCGCGGUUAGCUGACGAGAAGCGCGCGCGCAAUGCAGGGGCAUCGGCGAGAUUCCGUCAACGACGAAAGGAAAAGGAGAAGGAGGCCAACACGACGAUCGAGAAGAUGCAGCAGCAGAACCGAGAACUGGAACGGCGAGUUCGAGAGGUUGAGCAGGAGAGGGAUUUCUACCGCGGUGAGCGAGAUCGUAUGAGAGAUGUACUCUACCGCACCCCGGAAACGAGACAUAUGGCUAUGCAAGGGCCACCAAGCCCUCAAUCCAUGAGAGCAGGUUCAUUUCAUGGUCAACCACUUCCCUCGCAGGCUCACGGUCCUCCACAACCAUUAAGCUUCCAACCGCAGGAAUCGGCUCCACCAGAGAGAGCUCCGAGGAGAAGAAGAACGGGCGCGAGUGGCGAAUUCACCAAUAUUACAUACACACUUCCUCCAGCUUCGACCCUGCCUCCUGUUCAACCGGGCUUUCCGGGGCAGGGUCCCACGAGCCUCCCCCCGCUGCGGAUCGAAAAUACCGCAGCACCUCCGCCAACAACUGGUGCGAAUACCCCUACGUCGAGCGCUGGCCCUCCACCACCACCGUUUGACCCUUUUUCGCGGGGGCCGUACGCGAAAGGAUGGCCGGGUGAAGGUAGUCGCCGAUGA